UCCUCGUGUGAUGUGGAUUUUUACGUUUUCCCCUCCUCAACAAUGAUGUAAGUAAGUACAUCUGUGGUCCGUCACGCAUCUAUCAGUACCAAAACCAAAAACACCAUUUAUCUCCCUAUUUACACUACAUUCUCUUCCCGUGGAAGGCUUCCAGCGCUGGAAGGUACCUCAUGCGACUUUAUUUUGAACACACAUAUUAAAAAGCAAAGUAACCUCACAGGAAGUUAUACGAUUUUUUUUUGCUUAUGUUGCAGGCGACUUCGUCUAGUAUAGGCAAUCAAAAAUCACUGUAUCAUGCUCCGCCACACGACACUCCUCCUGCAAGCUCUAUCUAUGGUCGUGAUUAAUACCUUUACCUCCCCUUCUACUGCUCGAGCCGCAGGGAUGAAGCUGUUUCUUUCUCCCGGCGGGAUAAUCGUUCAACAUUUGGUGCAACAGCACGGAACCGGUCUGCUUCUAUUUCCGCAAGAAUUUUUAUGGACCUCCGCUGCAGCACGACUCAGCCGACCAGGCCGCGCGUCGAGCAGCUCAUCUCUUGCGGGUGAUGAUGCUUCUAUCGUCGAAGUGGAUGAAGUUGACGGGCAGGAAGAAGAACAGAAUCGGCAGCCCCGCUUCCGCGGCGCGGAGCGUUUGCCGAAACAAGGAGGUAAGAGUGAAAAACUCACUGCGUCAACGCGAUUGAAGAGAACUACGAGCAGCAACACCAUCGUACAUGGUGCCCCCUCUGAACUACACCUCGAAGAAAAAACUGUCGCUAGUACAACUAGUACCUCUAGAAAUGCUCCUUUUUCAUCGUCCACCGAGGAUCUGCUGCGAAGCUCCAGUUUUGUCGCACUACGAGAAAACUACAAGAACGCAGUAGCAAAAACCCGGAAAAAAGUUGCGGAGAAGAAAAACAAAAGGGAAAAAGAGAAAACGAAAAUGGAGAAUGUCUUCCCCGAUUGUUAUGGAAGCAGUGGACAUGGAGAUCAUGAAGAUCAUGAUGACAAAGAAGAGGAGCCGUUGACGGGUGGAAUGGGGAGCAAGAAGGCUCUGGUUGAUGCCCCGAAGAACAAUAACAAACCCGCAGCAGUGCCGCCGGCCCCGGCGGCGGCAGCGCAAGAAAUUUCGCGCGCAGAUGAAGACGAAAACCGCGACGCAAACGUAUCAAAUGUAAAAAUGUCUGGGUCUGGAAAAGUGGAACUUGUCAUGGUAAAUCAGAAUCAUGCAAAAAUCUGUGUUGCAUGAUGACCAAAAGCUGUCCACUUUCGACCAAGUUGAGAGGCAGUUUCUGAUGCAGGAUAGGCAUGACGGAGACCUCACAGAAUCUGUCAUGCUAGGGUCUGCAUUCCAAACCUCACUGGCCAUUCAAAAUGUGCAUGACAAGUCUUGCAUUCUUCCAGACCCAGACAUUUUUGCAUUUGAUAAAACGCCGAGCCCAGUGAUUUGGGAAGUAGAUCAUACAAAGUGGGUCCAGCAGAUCAUACAAGUCUGCGGUUUCCUCCUGGUACUUACGGAGAUCCUGAAGUUUUUGGGAACAAAUACGGCGCUUCUGCUCCAGACGACGCAGCGGCAGCUCCGGACGAAGAAGUUGAAGUCGAUGUUGGCAAUACUAAAACAAGCACGAGAAAAACAGCUUCAGACGCUGAAAUCGAGGAACAGUGUCCCUGGAUGAGCCAUUCGGGACAGAGUAUCGUAAGGAAAAAUCCCCCCUCCCCAUAUUGAAAACGUAUCCGUCUGAAAAUUUGUGAUGCGCAUUUGUGACCUCAAAUCCUGUCUGUCUUGCAAGAAUGCAUGUCCAAAGAGCGCCCCGCAUUUUGCAGGCCGUUUGUGAUGCUGCUGGGCUUGGAGCAUACACGUUUGUCAUGCUAGGCACCUAUGUCAAAACCUCUCGACUGAGGCUUGGCAUACGCCUGCAGUCCUGUACUGCAAGACAGCUGCGAUUUGUGUACGGAAAUCCAGCGUCAGAAACUUCGUUGCGAUAUGGGGAGGGGGGAUUUUUCAUUUUGAUAUAGAGCCGCUUUCUCCUCUGCAUGGACGACACGCUCCAAUCUGUCGGGCGUCACUUCCGCUACCUAUCAAAUGUAAAAAUGUCUGGGUCUGGAAAUUUGGAACUUGUGAUGCUAACUUUGGACUCUAGAAAACUCUGUAUUGCAUGACCAGCAAGAGGAGUCUAGUUUGUGCUACGCGGGGAGGGCGUUUGUCAUGCGGAGUAGGCAUCAGGAAGCCCGCUCAAAAUCUGUGAUGCGCGGUCGUGCAUUACAGACAUCCUGGGUCAUGCAAAACAUGCAUGACAAAUCUCAGAAUCUUCCAGACCCAGACAUUUUUACAUUUGAUACUACCAUGAUGCCUGCAAUCACCACGGCGGGCGGAAAAAGUGCCCGGAGGACCAGCCGAUUAUGUGCCAGAAAGACAACGACUGCGCCAAUGAGAGGGACCAUUGCUGCAAGCACUCACCGGGGGAGUGUGUAUGAACUGCAAAAGUAUCGUACUCGUAUACAUGCAUCACAAAUUUCCUUAGCAUGAGAGAUGUAAUUUGUGAUGCAGAUUUACCUUAAGCCAAAAAUUUGUAAUGCAUGACCGCAAUACGAGUACGAUACUUUUGCACAGGAUAGUGUGAGUUGAGUCACCACCACGGACCCAUGCAGCACGGGGGGCCGCGGGAAUGCCCCGUGAUGUAUCAAGUGCAAAAAUGUCUGGGUCUGGAAACUUGUGAUGCAAGUCCGUGAGCAAUAUAGUGCUCUGUAAUGCGCCGAUAAGCAUGGCAAGUUUUAUUUUCGUGCUUCUUUGAUGCGUAUGUCGCAUGAGAAACUGCGCUUUUGCAUGACGGACAAGAGGACCUCUUGGGGGCCGCGCAAUACAGAGUGCAGCGUCAUGCCAGACUAGCAUGACAAUCUUCCAGACCCAGACAUUCUUGCAAUUCAUAUGAUGGCGAAGGAAGCAUUUUUGGCGCGACUGCAGGAAAUGAGCGUGCCGCUGACGCACUCGCACCCUGGAAUGAAUCGUUAAUCAACCGGGAGGACGAGGUGAGUAGUUAGAACAAUUUUCAUUGCUUGUGGUCCUCCGGGAGGAAGAGGACGAGAGUACUACUUUUUUCUUCUUGAUUCUUAAGAUGACCCCACUAUUGUUCACGGAACCCAACUGCCUUUAGGACAUUUUUUGAUGACAACCCCUGUCGACGUACUAGUGCCCACUGGUCGAUGUAGUUGUACUACUUUGAUUGUUGUACUAGCUGUCAAUUUUUUUGCCUUAUAGUAACUCUUCUGCUUCAAAAAUUUUCUACCCAUGAAAGUUUUGUUCGCAUCGAGUACGAAAAAAUGUGAACCAAGUUGAAGUUGUGCUUCAAAUCCAACCCGAUUGAUUUCUUUUUGACCUGAAAGAAUUCAAUAU